AUGACCUCGGCGGUCAAGGUCGAGGAGGCCCCGGCCCCCCGGCUGGGAGCCCCGCACUCACCCCGCGAGGAGCGGAGCCGAAGCGCCCGGGCGCGCGAGCAGAGGGCGGCGGCGGGCGGCGGCGCGAACGCGGAGCUCCUCACAGCGGCCCCUGCUGCCCUAGCCGCCGACCAAGCUGGAAAAGGGGCGGAGGCGGCCGGGGUGUCACCUGCCCGCUCUCCCACCCUGCCGCGUGACGCCGCGCAGCGCCGCCCCCUGCCCGCCCUCCGCGGCCGCCAGGUACCCGCGAGGGGGCGCGGGGAGGAGCCGCCCGCUGGGAAGGACCCGCUGGGAGGCCUUUACACGUACGGAACCUUCUCAGCGCCUACCGGGAGGUCGGGCGUGUCUUUUUCCAGGCGGAGGACGGGCUCGUGCGGCGCGAGAAGAAGGCAGCAGCUGCCUCCGCGGCCGGAGGGAAAAGCGGCCAAAUUCAGCAAGGACUACACGGAGGGCUGGGUGGAGUUCCGGGACAAGCGAGUAGCCAAGCGUGUGGCGGCCAGUCUUCACAACACGCCUAUGGGCUCCCGCAGGCGCAGCCCCUUCCGUUAUGACCUGUGGAGCCUCAAGUACCUGCACCGUUUUACCUCGUCCCAUCUCAGCGAGCAUCUUGCUUUUGAGCGCCAGGUGCGUAGGCAGCGUCUGAGGGCUGAGGUUGCCCAGGCCAAGCGUGAGACUGACUUCUGUCUUCGAAGUGUGGCUCGCGGACAGCGUUUCCUUGCGGCUGAUGGGGACUGUGCCCGCCCGAAUGGUUCCUGGGCCUUUGCCCAGCGUCCUACUGAGCAGGAGCUGAGGGCCCGGAAGGCAGCUCUUCCAGGGGAACGUGAACGAGCUCGCCUGACUAACGCUCAGGACCAGGCCCGCUCCAACCGAGGACUUCUUGCCAAGAUCUUUGGAGCUCCUACACCCUCAGAGAGCAGGGAGGACGCCUCACUGGUCAGGAACUCUUGA